UGACUAUUUUUGUUUACAUAAGAACAAAUUAGCAAACAUUUUGUUAUACCUUUUCUCUGGUAGCUUUAUUUACUUAUCUGUGUGCUCUAUCUUCUUCUUCUUCUUCUUCUUCUUCUUCUUCUUCAUCUAUGUCAAAUAAUGAAAACAAAAACCCUUUCCAACAUGAUCCUUUUCACUACAGUAAUCAGAGGGGAUCCGGGGGCCGGUCGGAGUUUCCAUUCUUCGACGACAACCACCCAUCAACGAUGUACAAUAAUCAACCAUCACUGAUACGACAAACUUUACCAUGCUCUGAUCCCUUCAUGAGCUUCACUGAGUGCCUAUCUAUGGACUAUAACACCUUAUCCACAGCCUUUGACCACAUGCCUUGCUCUCCUUCUGAGGUUAUUAGCAGUUCUAUCCACCACUGUUCAGGUGCACCAGCUGGAAAAUCAUCAUCACCACCCGCCAAUGAUGGACACCCUUCCACCCCAGAUUCAUCAAUAUCUUCUUCAUCUAAUGAUGCAGCAACCCAACAAGCCUCACCCAAGACCAAAGAAAAGCACCACCACCACCAUCAGAAACAACAUCAGGAUGCCAUGGAAAAGACUAAAAACAAAGUUUGUUCGAAGAGCAAGACAAAACAGAAAGAGAAAGGGGAAAGAGAGGCAAGGUUUUGCUUCUUGACCAAGAGUGAGAUUGAUCUGCUUGAAGAUGGUUACAAAUGGAGAAAGUACGGCCAGAAGGCUGUCAAGAAUAGUUCUUAUCCAAGAAGCUAUUACAGAUGCACCACUCAAAUGUGCACAGUGAAGAAACGAAUAGAGAGAUCAUUCCAGGACCCAUCAAUUGUGAUCACCACAUACGAAGGGAAACAUAACCAUCAAUGCCCUGCAACUAUUCGACCAAAUGCUGCACCUGGAAUUCUGUCACCUAAUUCGCUUCUGCCAUCCACAUCUUCAAUAAUGCCCCAUCGACCAAGUUUUCCUCAGGACCUCCUCGCUCGCUUGCUUCCACCAGAUGACAACAGCCACCAUGGUGACCCUACUGCCAUGUUCUAUCCAAACCUAUUUGCUCCACAGCAGCAGCUCCAUCAUCUCCCUGAUUAUGGCCUUCUGCAAGAUUUACUUCCCUCCAGCUUCCUCCCAAAACAGCACCCAUGAACUCUUUAUGUAUUGUGAGUCCCUUAAUGUCUUUCCUAAUUUAUUUUGAUCUUUAUGUAUUUCUCCAUCUUCUAGUCAGCUUUGCCCAUGAGCAAGCGAUGAUGCUAUUUCUCUUCUGGGAAUGGAUAGCAGCUUGUUCUACAGAUGGGCAAAGCAGAAAAUGGGAACUAAAAUUUAAAAGAUGGAGCUCAUAUAUGUAUAUAUAUAUAGCUUUGGGAACUCUAGGAGGUGAAGUUGCAAUGUUAGAAGGAUUAAUUGGCGAGAGAUCAUAGUCUUCCUUAUAGAUUUUCUUUUUUUUAUUUUAUUAACUU